UGUUUGUAAACAUUGAUGCAACAUUAUCGCGUCUUUGCAGUGCGAGAAAGCGUCUUUGGAGUUUCUAGUGUUGAUAUUUUGAGCGGUGAUAAUAAAGUAACUAAAGUUAAAUUAAAGAAAUAUAUCUAGCUGGGACGUAAGAAGGAUGCCAUGGAGAGUUCGCCGUGUUUUAUGUGUGGUCAACAAUCUGAGAAAUUCCACUUCAUAUCGGAGACUAAACGUGAAUCAGAGCUUAGCAUCAGUUACAUUAUCUGCAAACAUUUUUGGUUCCAGGAAGAUGCGCUGCAAAUGGCCAUCAUCUGUGAGCCCUGCUGGCAGAAGGUGGACCAAUUCCAUUGCUACUAUGAAGACGUGCGGCAACACCACGAGCAACUGGUGUUGGAACCGAGCUCGAUAUUCAUCAAACAGGAGGAAAUUGAGAUCGUAGAGGAAGGGAUCGCUAACGGAAAUUGCGAAGGGGAAGGGAAGGACUCAUUAGAUGGGGGAAAUCACGUCGAGGUAACGGAGGAAUGUAACAAACUGUCUCUAACGAUCGAUCAGGUGUUUGAAAAACUGACUCCAACUCCCAAAAAGAUUGGUCGUAAACGAGAACUGUCCUCAACCAAAAAGAAAAGCAUUAAGAAAAAAUCUUCAGAAGGUCAGGUUGUCAAGAAACUACCUAGGAAUAAGCUUGAUGCAAAACAAAGGGAAUUAAUAGAGCAAAAGAGACUAGAAGAGGAUAGUUUUAUCAAACAGCAUUUAACAUACGGUUGUGAAGAGUGUUCGCUUAAAUUCGAAAAUUUCAUCUCGAUACGUCGCCAUAUGAUUGAUGUCCAUGAUAAGCCGUACAUAACGUGCUGUGGCGUGCGAUACACCGCUCGAGGCGUACUGUUUCAACACGUCCAGGCCGUUCUCAAUCCCGAAGCUUUCAGAUGCGAGCUUUGUGACAAAACGUUCAAGUUAAAUAUAAGUUACAUUACGCACAAGCAGCGAUACCAUCGAAACAAUGAACCAUUGAAGUGUGAUCAGUGCCCGAAACUGUUUUCGACGGAAAAUAAACUCAACCGUCACAUUGUGAACCAUCAAAAGGAGAAAGCUCGAAAGGAAGAGAAGCACAUAUGCGAAAUUUGCAGUAGAUGUUUCAAUAGAAAAGCCUCGCUGAAGAAUCACAUGGUUUAUAUGCACGAGAAAAACACCGUCUAUGUGUGUGAAAUUUGCUCGAAAACAUUUACCCGAAAGCCGCCGUUUCUUGAGCAUCUACAGACUCACGAGUUCACCGCAGAAGAGCUUAAGAAGCAGUGCCACGUUUGCAAGAAGUGGCAGAAGAACCUACGAUUGUGGAAGGCACAUAUGACUCGACACAACGCUGCCGGAGCGAGCAAAUGUGACCAAUGCGAUCACGUUUCGGUUAAUUCGUUGGCGCUCAAGGAGCACGUUGAACGGCGGCAUCAAAAGAAACAGAGAUGUGUGUGCGACCUGUGCGGAAAGGUGUAUGGUCACCCAGUUACAUUGAAGGAACACGUGGCCAAUGCCCACACCAAAGAACCGCUGUAUAAGUGUAAGUUCUGCGAGAGAAUGUUCUUCUCGAAUGCCAGCAUGUAUGCCCAUAGGAAGAAGGCUCACCCGAAGGAGUGGCAGGAAUACCACAGGAUCAGAUAUGGCAUCAACAUGCCAGCAGAGGAUGAAAAGGACGAAAGCUCGAUAUAGAAUCGUUGUUCCAUUUUAGUUAGUUCGAAAUAAUGAAAAAGGUAAUAAAAAUAUUCAAUUUAUAUUUG